AUGCUCGGCGGGGCGCUGGUGCUGGCGCUGCUCUGUGCCCUGCCCCUGUGCCCGGCGGGGCUGGAGCCCCCCGAGACGGGCUCCGGGCUGGACACAGCAGAUGAAGUGAACUUGCUGGACAAAAUCACUCUCUAUGCACAGGACCUCAGCAAUAUUUCCUUUGCCUAUGAUGAAGCCAACUGCAGAAUCCUGGAGGUGGGGCAGUAUGCCACCCUCAACAUCCCCACCAGGGAGGCCUUUGGGGACAGGUUUGCAGAUGAGCUGAGCGUGCUGAUGAAGCUCAGGUACUCCCUGAAGGAGGACACCAGCCUGGUGACCAUCCUCAGCCACAGGAGCCACGUGCUCUUCCAGAUCAGGAUCAACCCCUACGCCCUGGUCUUUGUCACCACGAGGAGGAGACACUACGAGUUCCCAGUUUCCUUCCUUGGUGAUGGGCACUGGCACCAGGUUGCCCUCAGCAUCUCCCUGGAGAGGCUGGAGUUGCACGUGGACUGUCGGCUGGUGGACAGAGUGAGCUGGGCCAACUAUUUCGGGAUGGGAGUGAACACUGAGGGGCUCAUCAUCGUUGGAGGCCUCAUCGAGUCCUUUGAGAUCCCCUUUAAGGGAGCUCUCCAGCAGCUGACCUUCGUGAUGGGAGACCCCUCAGCCGCCGCCGAGCACUGUCACAGCUACAACUCCACCUGCACGGGCUCCUUCAGCCUCAGCCACCUCACCUCCUCCUGGGAGCCCUCCACAGCCUGGCCAGAGGUGCCAAAGGAAACCAAUGAAAUCCAGGAUUCCUCUGCUCAGGAUUCCAGACUCACCAGCUCAGAUUUGACCCUGGGGCCACCUUGGACAUGGGAGGACCCUCAGGAAACCCUCAACCUCCAACCUGAUGGGAGCGCCCUGGCUUCACUCUCUGCUCACGAGAUACCAUCAGCUGAGGAGGAGGAGGAGGAGGAGGAGGAGGAGGAGGGCAGCCUUUCUAUUGAGGAUGAAGGCUUUGAGCUGCUCAACUCCACCUAUAAUAAAAUCACAGGCCCUGGCAGGCCAGGGCUGGGCAGGAGCAGCACGUGGGUCCAUGGUCAAGGAGGCUCCAUGAAGACACACAGAGCAGCCAAGAAGGACCUUCAGGAGGAAAACAUCACCACGGAGAAGCUGGCAGGGAACACGGGCACUCGGCAGCGGCUCCAGCCUGGCAAACCCGGCCAUGCCAUCCCCAACCUGCUGCCCCACACCUUCCCCAAGGUCCUGGCAGCACGUCAGGCAGCUGCUCCCAAAGGACACGUGCCCAGAGGUCCUGUGAGGACAGCAGAGCUUCCUCUGGUAGCAGCCAGACCCUCUGUGCCAGGGCUCGGGGAUGGCACUGCCCGCGCAGGACACUCCAUCCCCGUGGUGGCACGUGGGCAACAGGAUCAUGUGAGGCCAGGGCCCCCAGGGCUGCCAGGACCCCCAGGGCUGCCGGGCUGUCCUGGCAGACGGGGACUGGUGGGGCCCAAAGGAGACAAGGGAUACCCUGGAGCCGUGGGCAGGACGGGCCCCCCAGGUGACCCAGGCCCUGUGGGCAUCCCUGGUGUGCCCACCAUCGUCCUCUGGAGGAACUCCAGGGAGGACUGGCAGACCUUCACGCAAUCAUCAUUUUACCAACUUCUGCAUGCGGGCUGGCCUAGAAAACCCGGAGCCCCUGGGCCCCCAGGGCAUCCAGGGAAAACAGGAGCACCUGGACCCUGUGGAGCCCCAGGAGAGCCGGGGGAGAAAGGCCAGCGGGGGUACACGGGUGAACCCGGGCUCCAGGGCUUGCCAGGACGGGUGGGUUACCCUGGCUCAGAUGGCACCCCUGGCCUGGAUGGCAAACCUGGGCCAUGGGGGCUGCCAGGGGAGCAGGGGCUGCAGGGCUUCCAGGGUGACCGUGGGGUGGCUGGAGAGAAGGGAGAGGAGGGUUUCUUGGGUGACCCUGGGCCGGCUGGGGAGAAAGGAGAGAAGGGAGUGAAGGGGGUGAAGGGAGAAAAUGGCCUGCCAGGUCCUGCUGGGCUCCAGGGGCUGUCAGGUCUGAAGGGUGUGAUGGGCUUCCAGGGCCCUGCAGGGCCAGAGGGAGAAGGUGGCUCAGUGGGUCCCCCAGGCCCUGCUGGCCCUGUGGGGGAGCAGGGCCAGCCGGGAUCCGUGGGGUGCAGAGGCAUCAAUGGCUCUCAGGGGGACAUGGGCCCUCCUGGCCCGCCCGGCCCGCGGGGCCCCAAGGGACCACAGGGACUGCAGGGCAGACGUGGCCCCCCUGGCCCCAGGGGCUCCCAGGGUCCAGCUGGGAUGGAGGGAUCCAGUGGUCCCAAAGGAGACACCGGAGCAGAUGGUGCCCCUGGGGGGAGGGGACAGCCAGGCCUGGAGGGCCCUGGGGGGUUUAUUGGCCUGCCGGGUCCAAGAGGCGCCCAAGGAGAGCGGGGCUGCCGAGGUCCAGGAGGAGCCAAGGGAGAGCUGGGGACCAAAGGAGACAAGGGUCCAUGUGGAGCACCAGGAGCAAAAGGCCCUCCGGGGACCCGGGGCCAGGGGGGCUUGCAGGGCUUUCCUGGCCCCCGAGGGGCGGCGGGGCCGCGGGGCCCAGACGGGCAGGAAGGCCAGAUAGGCCCAGCAGGGCUGAACAGCAGCGAGGGACCCAAGGGAAGCCAAGGACCUGAUGGCCCCAAGGGAAGCCCAGGACCGCGGGGAGCCCGGGGCCAUGUGGGUCAGCGUGGGCUGGUCGGAGUCCCUGGACUGCCUGGCUCGCGGGGUGUCCCGGGAGCAGAAGGAGCAGAAGGAAAGCCUGGUACACAGGGUCACCCCGGGAUCAUGGGCAGCCCGGGCAGGAGGGGAUCCCUGGGAUUUGCUGGUUUGCCAGGAGGCCGUGGGCACCUUGGACCUCCUGGAUCAAUAGGCUCUCCAGGAAAGCCUGGACCUGAUGGAGACCCGGGCUCCCUGGGCCCAAAGGGGCUGCCUGGGAAACCUGGCUUGGAGGGGCCACAAGGACCUGUGGGCACCUAUGGCUAUCCAGGACCUACUGGUGACCGUGGAAGGCCAGGGCGCAGGGGAGACAAGGGAGAAAAGGGAGCCCAAGGUGCCCCAGGAUUUCCAGGAAAAGCUGGUGCCAAGGCCCUGCCAGGUCCCCCUGGUCCACGUGGUGCUCCUGGCUCUCAGGGCAGAACUGGUGAUCCAGGUCCUCGAGGGCUCCCAGGGCUGCCUGGUGUUCCUGGCAUGCGGGGGCUGGAUGGCAUUCCCGGGAAGCCUGGCUUGGCUGGAGAACCUGGGGCUUCUGGAGCAGCUGGUGCUGCUGGCCCACCUGGGUACCCGGGCUGGGAAGGUCCAAAUGGACGUGAAGGGCCUUCAGGGAUGAGAGGAGAGAAGGGCGAUGUGGGAGACCCUGGGGAAGCUGGUGUCUGUGGGCUGGAUGGUGAGCAGGGACCACCAGGACUGCCGGGAAUGGAGGGUCAGCCUGGGCCCAAGGGUGAGCAGGGAGAGGCAGGAACCCGAGGAGCUCCAGGUGUCAGAGGGAGCCCUGGGGAGCCAGGGGAUGAUGGACCAGAGGGGCUUCCAGGGCGGCCUGGGAAGCAGGGGAAGGAGGGUGACACCGGUGACGUUGGAGACCCGGGAGAACCGGGACCACGGGGACGGAAGGGUGAUGCUGGUCCCAGGGGCCUCCCUGGAGUGUCUGGUCCAGGAGCUGCCACGGGGGAAAUCGGAGGAAAAGGCCACAAAGGAGAGAAGGGCCGAGAAGGUUUGAUGGGCCAGGUCGGGGUCACUGGAGCUGCAGGACCUGCUGGAGCCAGAGGAUGGUUUGGUGGGACAGGACUCCGAGGUCCUCCUGGGCUUGACGGUCCCGAGGGAGAGAAGGGAGAUCCAGGACCACGAGGCACGGAUGGACCUGCUGGUGCUGCAGGAUCAGAGGGACUCGCUGGAGAUGAUGGAGAGAAGGGAGAUGGUGGCAAACCGGGUCCAGCGGGCUCAACAGGGGCUCAGGGGCUGGCAGGUGCCCCUGGGCUCCGGGGAUACACCGGGCACGAAGGAGCCAGAGGAGUGACGGGCACCAAGGGAAAGCCAGGCCGGCAGGGUUCUCUUGGGCCCCCGGGCGAAGCUGGAGUCAUGGGGCUGAGUGGCACUGAGGGCCUGGUGGGUGCAAAAGGGGAGCCAGGCAAGCCAGGGAAACCAGGACAAAUGGGCUCUCCAGGACAAGCUGGUCCUAAAGGAUGGAAAGGUCGCAAGGGAGAAAAGGGCGACGUGGGGCAGGAAGGGCAGGAAGGGGUCCCUGGAGAAGCUGGCAGGAGGGGCAAGCGAGGCAAGAUGGGCCACCAGCCUCCGCGGGGUCCCCGAGGGCACAAGGGCUCCCCAGGCGCCAAAGGGCUUCCAGGACCCCAGGGCCCCCAGGGAGCCUAUGGCAUCCCAGGGCUGAAGGGCAUGAAAGGAGACCCUGGACCCAAAGGCCACAAGGGUGAGAAGGGCAGUGUGGGUGACCUGGGCCAGCAAGGGGACGAUGGCUUCAAGGGCAAGCCAGGACCUCAUGGCAUCCCUGGGAGGCCGGGACCCAAGGGAAAACAGGGUGACACUGGCCCCCCUGGCCCACAGGGACAUCCUGGAGUUCCCGGGACACCGGGCUUAUCUGGACCCAAAGGGCUGAGGGGCUUCCCAGGAUUGCCAGGCCCCAGGGGCACACCGGGAAGGCCGGGUCUGGCCGGCCCCCCUGGUCCCAGCGGGCCCACACUGGUGCUGUCCCAGGAGGAGCUGCAGCACCUCAUUUAUUCCUCCAACCACCUGAACUACACUGCAGUCUGGGCUCUGCUGGACACCCUGAACCAGGAGCUCCAAGCCCUCAUUGAGCAUCCCAAUGGCACCAAAACCAACCCAGCAACCACCUGCAAGGAGCUGCUGCUGGCACACCCCAGCCUGCCUGAUGGGCAGUACUACAUUGACCCCAACCAGGGCAGCCCCCAGGACGCACUGGUGGCCUUCUGCAACUUCACAGCGGGGGGGGAGACCUGCAUAGCCCCCGUCCACAACCAGGUCCCCAUCAAGGCUUGGCUGAGCACCUACACCUCCAAAGACACCUUUGAGUGGUUCAGCACCCUGCCCGGGGGCUUCCUGCUGGAAUACAGGGGGGCCAGCCCGGUGCAGCUCCGUUUCCUGCGGCUGCACAGCAGCCUGGCCACCCAGAAGGUGUCCUACUCCUGCAGACCGGCCCCCGAACGGGGCCACCCCCAGCCCGCCAAGGAAAUCCGCUUCCUGGCCGACUCCCGGGAGCAGAGCUAUGCGGCCAGCCUGCAGGGCUGCCUGCUGGACAACGAGUCCUCCAUCACCGACACCAUCUUCCAGUUCAGCACGGAGGAGCUGUCGCUGCUGCCCCUGCGGGACCUGGCGGUGUUUCACAACGGCGACGCCUCGCACCAGUUUGGUUUCACAGUCGGACCAGUUUGCUUCAGCUGAAACCGGUGCCACCCAAACCGAGCCAGCCGGUUCCCUCCCCGCCCAAGAGCCAUCUGUGGGGGCUGGGGGUGGCACGGGGCUCCCACCCCCUCCCCGGAGCUGCAGGUUCUCUCCGAGAUCCGUGUUUGUAGCUGCGUUAUGCCACGGACUACACUUCCUUCUGGAGUAGAAGAAUAUUGUUUACAGAAGUCGUUUCUCCAUAAAUUAUAUAUAUAUAUUAUAUAUGUAUAUAUUAUA